AUGCUUAUGACAAGCUUGUCAAAGAACUGGCUUUGGAAAUGAGAGCUCGCCCCUCAGACAGGACAAAGACUCCAGAAGAGAUUGCUCAAGAGGAAAGAGAACGCUUAGAGCAAUUAGAGGAAGAGAGACAGAAGAGGAUGGCUGCUGCUGAAGAUUCAAGUGAUGAAGAUCAUGAAAAUUCAGAAAAUUCACCAAAAGACAAGCCAAAGUUGCUCUCUGGGGAUGACCUUGGUGAUUCCUUUUCUGUUAGUGAAGAAACAAUGAGCAAAAAGGGCUGGAUUGAUGAGAUUCUUGAAAGAGAAAAUGCAGAAGAUUCUGCUAGUGAGGGUGGUGAAGCUUCUGAUGAUUCUGAAAGUUCUGAAGAUGCAGAUGAAGAUUCUGAUGAGGAUCCUUAUGAACAUGAAAAUAGUUAUUCUUUGAAGGAUUGGGAACAAAGUGAUGAUGAGAAUAUCAAGCCAAAUUCAGAGGAUGAAGGAGAAGAAGAUAGUGGUGAUAAAGAGAAAGGAAAAAAGGCAGGACGGCAUGACAGGGUCAAUGCUGAGAAGAAAUUGAAUGCUACAGUUCUUAUAAAUGCCAAGAAUAAAGAUGAUGUUGAAAAUGUUAAAAAGGAUAGGGAUUAUUCAGAUUCCAAGAAGAUGGAUUCUGGGGCUAAAAAAUCUUCGGCAAAGUCAGACAUUCCUUAUAUAAUUGAAGCUCCUAAGACAUUUGAAGAAUUAUGUUCAUUGUUUGAUAACUGCUCAAAUUCUGACAUUAUCAUGGUUAUUAACCGAAUUCGAGCAAGCAAUGCAAUCAAACUUGCUGCAGAAAACCGCAAAAAGAUGCAAGUAUUUUAUGGCAAUUUACUGCAGUAUUUUGCUGUUUUGGCAAAUAAAAAGCCAUUGAAUUUUGAGUUACUAAACUUGAUGGGGAAGCCAUUGAUAGAAAUGAGCAUGGAGAUUCCAUUUUUCGCUACUAUAUGUGCUCGUCAAAGAAUAGAAAGGGCAAGAAAACAAUUGGUUCAGAGCUUAAAGAACCCAGAAAGUAGCAGUUGGCCUUCUUCCAAGAUGAUAUUUCUUUUGCGGUUGUGGUCCUUGAUAUUUCCGUGCUCUGACUUUCGGCAUCCAGUUAUGACGCUAGCAAUAUUAUUGAUGUGUGAAUAUCUGAUGCGCUGCCCAAUAUUGUCUGGUCGGGAUGCUGCCAUUGGUGCUUUCUUAUGCUCCAUGCUUCUCUCUAUAUUUAAACAGUCACGGAAGUUCUGUCCUGAAGCCAUAAUUUUUCUCAGAACUCUGCUGGUGAUAGCUACUGAAGAAAAAUCCAUUUCAGGUGAAGAUUCUCAGUUUUAUCAACUUGUAGAACUGAAAACUACCAAGCAUCUCUUGCGCAUGCAAGAGACGGUAAAUGAGGUUAGUCCUUUGGAUUUCAUAAAGAUGAUAAACACGCCAGAGGACUCUCCUUUCUUCUCUUCAGAUGAUUUCAGGGCUAGUGUAUUGGUAGCAGUUAUCGAAACUCUACGGGGCUAUGUCAAUAUCUAUGAUGGUUUAAGUUCAUUUCCUGAAAUCUUUUUACCAGUUUUGACAUCAUUACGUCGACUGGCAAAAGAGAAAAAUACACCAAAUGCACUUCAUGAUAAAAUUGAAGAUGUUGCCGAGCUGAUUAAGUCAAAAGUGGAUGAACAGCACACCACUAGGCGACCACUUCAAAUGCGGAAGCGAAAACCAGAACCUAUCAGGCUAUUGAAUCCAAAGUUUGAGGAGAACUAUGUUAAGGGUAGAGACUAUGAUCCAGAUCGUGAACGAGCUCAGAGGAGAAAAUUGUAUAAACUUUUGAAACGUGAAUCAAAGAGGGCUGCUAGUGAAUUGCGUAAAGACAGUGCUUUCUUGUAUGACGUGAGGGAAAAAGAGAAGGCUUUAUAUGAUGAAGAAAGAGCAGAGAAGUAUGGAAGAGCAAGGGCUUUCCUUCAAGAACAAGAGCAUGCUUUUAAAUCUGGACAGCUGGGAAAAGGAAGCAAGAGGAGGAGGUAAACCUGGCUUAUGAUGAUUCUAUUGCUUGCUUGUUUCGUUUUCUAUUUUAUUACAUUAGUCGUUAGUAAUUAUAUUAAUUUGUUAUCAAUUUUGAUAACUUCCUAUAUAUAUUUCGAUUUUAUGCUUAAAGAACUCCAUCUUUUUACAAGAUUUCUGUAGAAGAGGGGAUCAAGAUAUAUAUGGAGUUGAAUGCAAAAACUUAUGAGCCA